AUGGAAGAGCUACAGAAGGCCGAACAACUACUUAUUCGGGAAACGCAGUGGCAAUGCUUCCCGGAAGAAAUGAUGAUAUUGAACCUUAAUCGUAUGAGUUCAACAAAACAGCAGGUACCUUUGGAAAAGGACAGCAAACUGUACCAGCUUUGUCCCAUUCUUGAUGAGAACGGCGUUCUUCGCAGUGAUGGCAGAAUCGAAGCAGCACCAAAUGCGGAAAUGGAAUUGAAAUUCCCAAUCAUUCUCCCAAGGGUACAUACCUUUACCUCUCUGUUGCUGGACGAAUAUCACCGUAAAUACUUGCACGGCAACUCUGAGACUAUAGUUAAUGAGAUUCGUCAACGGUAUCACACCACAAGGCUUAGGGUAGAAGUCAACAGCGCCGCAAAAGCGUGUCAAUGGUGCCGAGUCUAUAAGGCAACACCGAAGGUGCCGGGUAUGGCCCCGCUACCGCUUGCAAGAAUGGCAUCAUUUGUAGGACCAUUCACACAUGUAGGUCUGGACUUCUUUGGACCCCUGUCGGUGAAAAUUGGCAGACGUAAUGAAAAACGAUGGGUAGCAUUGUUCACGUGCCUAACAAUACGGGCAGUGCACUUAGAGAUAGCCCACAACUUGACAACUGACUCCUGCGUAAAAUGUAUUCGGCGUUUUAUUUGCCGCCGGGGUUCCCCGUCUGAGUUUUACUCAGACAAUGGUACAAACUUUAGGGGAGCCGCCAAACUUCUUCGAGAGCAGUAUGAACAGCUAGCCGUAACAUUCACAGGCACAUCAACCAAAUGGAUUUUUAGUCCUCCCAGCGCCCCGCACAUGGGUGGUGCGUGGGAGCGCAUGGUACGCUCUGUUAAAGCUGCUGUUGAGAUGGCGUGUAACAACAACCGCAAACUGAAUGACGAGUCGCUGGAAACCUUUAUGGUAGAAGCCGAGGCAAUCGUUAACAGCCGGCCUCUGACGUACUUACCGAUUGCAGCAGAGGAGUACGAGGCCCUCACACCAAACCAUUUCCUUUUGGGAAACUCAAACGGUGUUCGUCAACCUAUAGCAGAAGCAACACCACUAGCGGAAACUUUGCGAUCAUCCUGGAUGCAAAUAUAA